AUGCGCGUCUUGUGGCUAGCUACGGCACUUUACACGCUCACAGAGGCAGCGGCUCUGACACCCGAGACCAAAGCAGUUUGCUCGGGGCUGCAUGCCAAAUUCCCAGGGCAGCUGGUUUGGGACCCAAUCGGACCGCAGGCCACCGACACAAUCUCCCAUGCUUCAACCUACAACACAGCCCUGUUCGACUAUUGGAACGCCGCGAGUUCCAACAACAGAGCCGGCUGCGCAUUCUUCCCAUCCAACGCUGACCAAGUCUCUGUCGCAGUAAAGCUCCUCAACGCAUACCCCACGGUCCGGUUCGCGCUCAAAGGCGGCGGGCAUAACCCCAACCUAGGCCACUCCAGCGUGGACCAAGGGGUUCUGAUUGCCUUUAGACCAAAUUCGCAAUACGCCAUCCCCUCUGCCGAUGGAGAGACCGUCGAGGUCGGCGCCGGGUGCAAGUGGGAAGAUGUGUACUCGGCUCUUGAACCGCUGGGCAAAACCGCCGUGGGCGGCCGUUUGGGAGACGUCGGCGUUGCCGGCUUCCUGCUCGGCGGCGGGCUCUCCUACCUGUCCGCGCAAUAUGGCUUCGCGUGCGACAACGUCGUGAGCUUCGAGUGCGUCCUCGCAAACGGCACCAUUGCGACUGCCAGCUCAACCUCACACCCCGAACUCUUCUUUGCCCUGCGAGGCGGGGGCAACCAGUACGCCAUCGUGGCCAAGUUCGUCUUGAAGACGUACGGCAUUGGCCAGAACGGCACCAUCUGGGGCGGCGUCCGUACAUACACGGCAGACAAGCGGAAGGAGGUUCUGUCCGCCGUGGCAAACUUCACCGCCAACAAUGCCGACAGCAAGGCCGCCAUUAUCCCAACAUUCAACUUCUUUUCGACGCUCGGAGUCAACGUCCCCGGGAGUCUGGUCUUCUUCUUCUACGACGGACUAGAGCCGCGCCGUGGCGUGUUUGACGAGUUUGACGCCAUCGCGAGCUUUUCGGAUAGCACCAAGCGCCGGUCCUACACUGACCUAACCAAAGAGGUGUUGGCCGGGGACAUGAAGGGCCUGCGAUUCCAAAUUAGAGAAAACACGUUCCCCAACAUGCCGGCAGGGGACAUGAACUCUUUUCUAAACAGUCACUAUAAUCUUCUUGUCAAGAAGUCUACCGAGGCGGCGCUCGGGGAUGUGCUAGACUUUAAACUCUUCUCAUUUGCGGUCCAGCCAAUGCCUCGUGGAAUCGCGCGAGCUUCCUUGGAGAAUGGGGGUCCCAACGCACUGGGGCUUGUGCCGGAACACGGGGACCGGGUGUGGAUGGAGUACGACAUUGCGUGGUUGAACCCGUUGUGUGACGACAAGUGCCCCGGCUUCUUUGAAAAGCUGGUCCAGUCCCAGCAUGACCUCCACAGGGAAAAGUAUUCCGGAAUCUACCCGACGAAUUACGAGUCUGGCGACCUGGAGUGGCUGAGCUAUAAUCCGAUAUUCAUGAACGAUGCCAUGCAAGGACAGGACGUGUUGCAAAGCUACGGAAACGAGACAUACUCGAGACUCUUGAGUAUCCAUAAGGCGUAUGAUCCUCGUGGCUUUUUCUCCGACAGACAGGGAGGCUUCAAAUUCACUACAUGA